AUGGAGAAGGGAAAGUUGUUUCGUCUGGAUGAUGGUUGGGUCUCCGUUGCAAUAGACAACCUAGACUCUUUGCAUGAUGUCGGGUACUUGCACUUCGAUUUUCUCAAGAAGGUGUUACCCCACUGCACGAAAGAUCAACUGAUACAUAUCGAGGAGAGCACGAAAGAUGUCGAUCUCACUCCGAUCGCCAACAACCUCUGGAAGAAGUUUUUCGAGAGGGAGUUCGGUUUCAAAGCCACACAGGAGGCGAUCAAGAACGCGAACCCUAAAUGGUCGGAGUUGUACCAAGACAAGCUGAAGAAAUUGGAAGAAGCGGAGGAACAAGUGGGUGAAAGACUGAAGAGCCUGUACCAGAAAGAGGCUGCCAGAAAACAGAGUCGCCAAAUUAGGGUUUUGGACAAACCUCCAUCGUCUUUUUCAAGAAAUAAAAGAAGUUGCUCAAGCAAAGGGAGCAAACUCAUGAACAAAGUGCGGAAAGAUUAUCGAAACAGUCUAGAGGUGAGAAACAUCGAAGCUAUGAAGUUGAAGAGGACUGCCAAUUGUUCUAGUCUCACCAAAAAGCCAAGAACGAAUUCUGUUCAAGCUACGAAUGUCUUUUGA